AUGUUCCCAUCGCUCUGCCUUGCAAACUCUCGGCGAUACAUAUGCUCUCUGCGAACCCUUAAUGCGUCGAAACAAAGUACUCCCUUUGAACUGCUAUUAAAAGGCACACUGGGAGCUAGCAGACCCAACCGAUUCAGUGCCAAGUAUGGAAGUAACAAGCCCGUAAAUCCACCGUCUUCACAAUCCAAUCGUCAAUCCAAGAACGGCCAGAGCAAUCAACAACAGAGCUCUCAAUUCGCAGGCAACAAAAACAGAAGUCCAAGAGUAACCCUGGACCAUAGCAGUUUGAGUGAUCUCGGCAUCGGAACGCCGAGGGAUCAAAGACCUCACUAUUCAAACCGUGAAAAAAGCGGUCGGGAUUCCGGUAAAGGUAGCGGGCCCAAGGGUAAAAAUGGAUGGAGUAGGAAUGGGAGGGAUGAUAGAAGACAGCAAAACCAAGUGCGAUUUGAAAAUUUCACCGGCUCGUCAAGGGCGCAGGAGGCUUUGAAGCAAAUCAUUCUUAGGGUAAAUGAGGCCAACACCGGCUGUCGUGUUAAUCUUCGAGACGAAUCGGGAAAACUCGUAGCUAAGCAUCUCCUGCAAAUUACAAAUGCUUUGGAUUUAAAAGAAGAAGGUUUGGCAUUGAUCAAUAUUCAGGCUGAUGCCGAUCUUCCAUUAGUGAAAAAGGUUAGUGUGAAGGACAUGAUUCAGCUGUACUCAGAUAAACUUGCCGCCGAGAUCGAAGAGCAAUUAAUAGCAUCAGGGAAUGCUCGUGCUCAGAGGGUGGUUCAAAAUCGUUUGAAGGUCGAGCGGAAGAAAUCGGCAGCAAAGAUCGUCAAUCUUGCCUGGGCGAUCAGUAUCAGCGACAUGCAAAACCAGAAGAAAAAAGAAAUAGAGAAGAGAAUUGUCAGUGGCGAAAAGUUUUCAAUCAACAUCGGAGGAAAAGCGCUUAAUUUCAAGCAGCGUAAGUUGGGCAAGACUCUCGAUGAGGUUUUGGAAGAGAAUGGUGAUGAGGAUUCAGAACUUGUUUCCCCUCAAUCUGAUUUAACGCAGUUGAACGAUGAGGAUUACGAACUAGAAAUUAGAAAGCGCGAGAGGGUAUUCGCAACUGUGGAGUUGAUUCUUGCAGAACAUCGUUGCAGAACCAGUGUCGUAGGGUCUCUCGAGAAGCAGAUGUAUGUGAAUGUUGAGCCAAUUAUCUCAGCAGAACAGUCUUCAACCAAAGAUAACUCAAAGACUACUCAAAAUGAACAGCUUUCUCCGAAGGAACUCAGAAAAUUGAAAAGAUUAGAAAAGGCCAAGGGCACAGACAAUACAAAGUCUUCCGCAGCAGAGUCUGAGGGGAAUCCUGAUGACAUGUAUCUGUUUAAAAUCGAAGACUAA